AUGGCGGCAGGAGCGAAGCAACAGGCGCAGCCUCAGCUGAUCUUUGUGGACGGCUCCUUCCAGGAGCUCGCCCGCGAGAUGGCUGACUACCUCCACAUCGCUGAUGAGGUUAAGCCCCUCGUCGACAACGAGGCCAAGAAGGAGGACGUGCUGGCCAAGCUGGUGCGCUCGUCGGCUGCCCUGUCGUCGGUCCCCGAGAAGGAGUUCACGGCCGCGUCAAACCUUAUGGUGCACCUAGUGCUUCAGUCUGAGGAUCCUAAGAAGCAUCUGCCUACCUUGUGCCAGGCCUUCUCCAAGCCCAUCGCCUCGAGCCCCGUCAACGGCGUCGGCCUCAGCCUCAACGCCCUCAGCACUAUUUUCAACCUCAUCGCCCCCGAGAACCCGAUACGCUUCAACGUUUUCAUGGCCAUCCUUCGCUUCCUCAAGACCCACGCCAUGUUCGACACCAUCCAGCCCUACCUGAAGCACAUCCCUACUUGGUUUGAGGACUGGAGCACCAGCGAGGAGUUCCAAAGACAGAUGUACGAGGAGAUUGCCGAGGUUGCCAAGGAGGCUGGCAAGGAAGAGGAGACUUACGAGUACAUUAUUAAGGCCCUGCGCACCUUCGACGCCGACGAUAAGGAGGAUAUCGGCUCUGAGGAUGCCCAGCGCCUGUCCCUCCGCGUCGUUCGUGAUGCCCUGCUGUCUAACACACACUACCUCUUCACCGACAUCCGCAGCAUACCCUCCGUGCAGAACCUGAGCGAGACGCACCCUGUCUAUUCCCAGCUCCUCGACAUCUUCUCCGAGCAGGACCUCGAGGACUACAACGACUUCAACGACGAGCACCAGGGCUGGAUUGAGAAGGAGAAGCUAGACCACGACCGUCUCCACCGCAAGAUGCGUCUCCUCACCUUCGCCUCACUCGCCGCCCAGACUACCAGCCGCCGUAUCGAAUACGCCGCCAUCGCAAAGGCCCUCCAGGUCCCCGCGUCCGACGUUGAGAUGUGGGCGAUUGACGUCAUUCGCGCCGGUCUCGUCGAGGGCAAGCUCUCCCAGCAGGACCAGGUCUUCCUUGUCCACAAGGUUACCUACCGUGUCUUCGGCACGCGACAGUGGCAGGAGCUUGCCACCCGCCUCGAUAGCUGGAAGGGUACCCUUUCCAACCUCCACGACGUCAUCCGUAAGGAGCAGGCCAACGCCAAGGCUCAGAAGGAGCGUGAGGCACAGGAGGCUGAGCGCAAGCUGCAGAACGCCGAUAAGGAGGGCGGCAGCGGCGGUCGCCAGCAGAGGGGCCAGAACCGCCGCGGCGGCGACAAUCAGCAGCAACGGGAGCCUAGAGAACCUCGUGAGCCUCGCGAGCCCCGUGAGCCCCGAGAGCCGCGCGAGCCCAAGGAGAGGACGGAUAACGAUGACUAA